UGUCUUCGGAGCCGGGUGCGCGUGUUUGGCGUUGACGGACACCCGCGACAAACCCCGCGAAAAAGAAACGGGGGGGAAAAGCCAUGAACGAGAAAUGCAGCUGCGUGGCCGUGCCAAAGCGAUAUUUGAUGAUGGCCCUUGUGAUUAUCGGCGUUCAGGUGGUCAUCUGGCAGACUGUCAGCUACACGGCGUACUGCGUCAAGUGGAAGGACUACUUCCCGUACCAACAGAAGGAGCCUUUCGUCUACUCUCACCUGGUGGGUCUCCUGCUUUCGUUGCUGCCAGCCUCCCUGGUCAGUGUCGGCUACGGCGCCAACAGGGUGUUCGGCGCCUCCCUGCUGACGCUGUCGGUGCUGCUUGAAGUGGCCCCGCUGGCCAUUCACCUCGGCAUCCACGGACUGGCGGGAGCGCAGUUCCUCAACGGAGCAGCCGAGGGUUUCCUGGUGACGUCCCUGUACGGCGUGCUGGCCGACUGGACUCCUGUCGACGAACGAACGACGACGUUCGCCAUACUCACAUCCACUACCCUACUUGGAGGCCGGUGCAUGUUUGAAGCGAUUGAGUUCGAAUUCGUCACGUCGCCUGUGAUAUUUGCAAACGUCACCUUGGGUCUCGCCUGGUUCGUGCUCUGGUACCUGCUGUUCUUCGACGACCCCUAUCACAACAAGUCGGUGACUGAAGCGGAGCGACUUCGCAUCACCGAGGGAAACGGCCGGGCGUUCUCUUCGAGCUCGCAGGCGCACUGCGUCCCCUGGCGCCAGAUUCUGCGCAGCACUCCCGUUCACCUAGUGUGCCUAUGUGUGGCGGCUGGCAUGGCGGAGCAACGGCUCGGCAAAUACAACUACCUCAUGUACCUGGGAGGCGUCACCAGCUUUCCUGCCCUAUCGUCGGUGCUGGCGCUUGCGGCGGCCGUGGUAACGUGCGGCGUGGUGAGCGACCUACUCCGCGACAAAGGCUGGCUCUCCACCACUGGUUCCAGGAGGCUCACUUGUACUGGAGGACUCAUUAUCCACGCCUGCGCCACGAUGCUUCAAGGAUUAAAGGAAAACCAUUGGAUAGAGCACAUAGCCAUGACAGCUUUGGGAGUCUUUGUCGUGGGGAUCGAGACGAGCCACGUGGACAUGGCGCCCCGACACGCACCCGUGAUAAAAGCUCUGUCAGCCACCACACUCGAGGUCGUGCUGGGGGGCAUCAACCUAUUCGUCAUCGCCGACGCAUCCUCGCUCACGGGCCACCGGCUGGCGCACGUCUUCAUUCCGGUGGCGCAAGUGGUGGCCGCCUUGCUGUAUCUGCUCUACGGCCGUGCAGACGUACAGCCCUGGGACGAGCACGAAGAACAGAGCCCGAGGCAAGAACAGCGCGACGGCUGUGAAAAUUACGACGAUGUUUGCAACACCCAGAAGAAAGACUGCAAUGACGGCGGUGCGCCACAGGCUCAGUGCUCCCAGAGGGACAUCGAGGAAGCAGUGUGAAUCUGUGACUAUGGGCGCAAAUCAGCAUUCUUUCAUGCACUCAAGGCAUCUGGUGCUAGCAGCCACAGAAGGAGUUUGUCCAUAAUUGUGCUGAAGUCAAUGGUGUCGAAUAAGUGAAUGACUCAUCCCAGUGUCGUUCACCUUGAAGUGCUUGCACACCUUCUCGUAUAAGUGGACUGCUGAGCUAUGCUUGUACGAUGACCAGCUACUGCAUAGUUGUACCGCAGAGGAUAAACAGAAAAACACGUUUCAAAGUUUUGCUAAGAAAAU